AUGGAGCUGGCGAUGGAGAACCUGGGCAGCCUGCACGGCGUCCCGCACUCGCAGCCCGCCGAGCUGCUGAGCCCGGCGCACGGGCGGCAGGGCUCGCACCGCAACCUGGUGCCGCACGGCCGGCCCGCCAUGGUGUCGGGCAUGGCCUCCAUCCUGGAGGGGGGCGACUACCGCGCCGAGCACAGCCUGGCCGCCCCGCUGCACCCCGCCAUGAGCAUGUCCUGCGAGUCGCCGUCCGGCAUGAGCCUGAGCAGCACCUACACCACGCUGACCCCCCUGCAGCACCUGCCGCCCAUCUCCACCGUGUCGGAGAAGUUCCACCACCCGCACCACCACCACCACCACCACCACCCGCACCAGCGCCUCGCCGGCAACGUGAGCGGCAGCUUCACCCUCAUGCGAGACGAGCGGAGCCUCGCUUCCAUGGGCAACCUCUACAGUCACUACCCCAAGGACAUGCCGGCCAUGGGGCAGCCCCUCUCGCCGCUCCCCAACGGGCUGGGCAGCCUGCACAACGCCCAGCAGCCGCUGGCUCCCUACGGCCCCGGCGGCCACUUGCCCAACGAGAAGAUGCUCUCGCCCAACGGCUUCGACUCGCACGCCGCGAUGCUGUCCCGGGGCGAGGAGCACCUGGCGCGGGGGCUGGCGGCCCCCAGCUCGGCCAUGAUGCCCCCGCUCAACGGGAUGCACCCGCACGGCCACCCGCACGCCCAGCCCGGGAGCUCGCUCCUGGGCGAGCGGGAGCGCCAGGCCUCGGCCGCCGGCUCGCAGCCCGGAGCCUCCGGGCAGGUGGAGGAGAUCAACACCAAGGAGGUGGCUCAGAGGAUCACGGCCGAGCUGAAGCGCUACAGCAUCCCGCAGGCGAUCUUCGCGCAGAGGAUCUUGUGCCGCUCGCAAGGGACCCUCUCGGACCUGCUGCGGAACCCCAAGCCCUGGAGUAAGCUCAAGUCGGGCCGGGAGACUUUCCGGAGGAUGUGGAAAUGGUUGCAGGAGCCGGAAUUUCAGAGGAUGUCGGCGCUCAGGCUCGCAGCUUGCAAACGCAAAGAGCAAGAGCAGCAGAAAGACAGGAGCCUGCAGCCCAAGAAGCAGCGGCUGGUCUUCACGGACCUCCAGCGCCGCACCCUGAUCGCCAUCUUCAAGGAGAACAAGCGCCCGUCCAAGGAGAUGCAGAUGACCAUCUCGCAGCAGCUGGGCUUGGAGCUCAACACUGUCAGCAAUUUCUUCAUGAAUGCCCGCCGGCGGUGUAUGAACCGCUGGCAGGAGGAGCCAGGCACCAACCCUGGAGUCCCCUCUUCUUCUACAAGCACUUUCUCCAAAGCAUGA